AAAAGGAGAGAAAAAAAAACAGGCACCGGGACCAAGGAUGGACCAAGCCGGCAUCCUGAGAAAGUUUAUCCAGGGGGUGAAGGCCAUGAGCGAGGGGGACGAGGAGAGGGGAGAGGACAACUUCGGCAGCGACUUUAUGCGGUUACGACGGUUAUCAACCAAAUACCGGACGGAGAAGAUCUACCCCACCAACGUAGGAGAGAGGGAGGAGAAUGUCAAGAAGAACAGAUAUAAAGAUAUACUGCCAUUUGAUCACACUAGGGUGAAGCUGACGUUAAAAACAACCAAUCAGGACACAGAUUAUGUCAAUGCCAACUUCAUCAAGGGUAUGGAUGGCCCAGAGGCCUAUAUCGCAACUCAGGGCCCGCUGCAGAACACUGUCAUCGACUUCUGGAGGAUGAACUGGGAGUACAAUGUAGCUGUUAUUGUGAUGGCAUGUCGAGAGUUUGAGAUGGGAAGGAAAAAGUGUGAGCGGUAUUUCCCGCUGCACGGAGAGGAACCCAUGAGUUUCGGCCCUUUCAGAAUCUCCUGUGAAUCGGAGCAGGCCAGAACAGACUACUUUAUCAGGACUCUGACGGUGGAGAAUGAGAACGAAUCUCGGAGGAUAACACAGUUCCAUUAUAUGAACUGGCCCGAUCACGACGUCCCCUCGUCAUUUGACUCCAUACUGGAUAUGAUCGCACUAAUGAGAGAAUACCAGGAGAAUGAUGAUGUCCCUAUAUGUGUGCACUGCAGUGCCGGCUGUGGGAGGACGGGAGCUAUCUGCGCUAUCGACUACACAUGGAACCUCCUCAAAGCUGGGAAAAUACCAGAAGAUUUUAAUGUUUUCCGGUUGAUCCAAGAGAUGAGGACGCAACGGCACUCCGCCGUACAGACCAAGGAGCAGUAUGAGUUAGUUCACAGAGCGAUCGCUCAGCUCUUUCAGAAACAACUGCAACUACUGGAGAGCCCCACCAGCACGAAGAUACAAGAUGGCAUGAAUGAGAGCAGUCCAGAUAAAGCAGCCCACCAGUCGGAUGACGAGAGAUGGGACACGCCUCCUCCAAAACCUCCCCGCAUACGAAGUUCGCAGGCAGAAGGUGAUGUGAAGGAGGAGAUACUCCAGCCCCCGGAGCCUCACCCCGUCCCCCCUAUUCUGACCCCGUCUCCACCUUCAGCCUUCCCCACCGUCACCAACGUGCGGCAGGACAACGACCGCUACCACCCCAAACCUGUCAUCCACGUCCUGGCUACCGCGCAGAAUAAAGACGCAGACAAGGAGCAGAACCAGUCCGAACCCAGUCCGAACAAGCAGCCCAGUCCAGCAGAGCAGAAAGAUCUACAGAGUCAAAAGCAGCAGACUCAGGUCUCAAAUCUAGAUCUCAAUGACAACUAUAACAACAAAUCUACAUCGACGAAAUCUGAAUCGGGCCAGAGCCAGACCCCCUCCUCGCCCCUCUCUCCAGCUGUUGAAUGCUCCGGUGCUCCUCGGAUCGAGAGGAAGCUGAGCAUUGAGAUCAAAAAGGUGCCGUUACAGGAAGGACCUCGUAGUUUUGACACUUCCUCCUCCAUGGGAGUAGCGGGCGGAGUAGGCAGCGGUUCCCCCAACAGCGCUGCAGCGCUGCAGAGAACCCACGCCUUCAAAGCCCGCUCUGGCCAAUCCCUGCUGACGUCUAGCUCCUCGCUGUCGGAGGACUCGGGCACGGAGGGAGGAGCAGGCGGAUGCGGGGAGAGUCAUGCAGACGUGGGCGUCCUAGCCAGACCGAACCACCUGCCCGUGAAGAGUGAGAAGGGGGAGACGCACGGAGGGGAGAGAACGGAGGCGAAGGCCGGCCAUGCAGCGUGGGGCAAGCCCUGCAGCAGCCCCGACAAACAUUUCCCCAAAACCUGCUCCUCGUCUUCCUCCUCGGACCGCGUCGCCCCAUCCUCGUCCUCCUCCUCCCACAUCUCCUCCUCCUCCUCCUCCCGCAUCUCCUCCUCCUCUUCCUCCUCCUCCUCCUCCACACCUGUUAGGACUGCCCUGAGUUUCACCAACCCCUUGCACUCCGAUAACUCGGACGCGGAGGCGGAUGGAGAGAUGUCCGAAGGAAAGGAGGGUUAUCGUACUAACGUAUCCACGGCAACGGCCAUGGUGACCACGUCCUCUCAACACGGAGACCAGCAGCCGGCCCGGAAGGUGUUGCCCAUGUCGAUCGCGGGGCAGAGCUCUGCAAACCCUUUCGACGUGAAAACGUCAGCCUUGGCCGAAUGGAGCGGCUCAAACAAAGACGUGGCCGACUCUGUUAAGAAGACAUCUCCAGCUGAUCCUGCAUCUGCUGGCACCACGGCAACAGACAGCAAGGCAGACCUGGGGUUCGGUAACCGCUGCAUUCAGCCCAAAGGCCCCCGGGAACCCCCUCUGGAGUGGACAUGAUGGGACCAUCCAUCCGCCUGUCCACCCAACAGUGUCCUCCUUGUCAAGAGAUGGACGCUACCGACCUCACCUGGCUGGUCCAAAAACCUAGUUGAUAGAUGCUACACAGACAGACGGCACAAUCUUACACAGAAACGCCUUCUGUGUCACUUUGUGCAACACCACCUCCUCCACCUCAGUCCUUCCUUCAAAGUGACACUGUGCAAAGCAGAUGAAAACUUACUGGUCAAGUGGCUUGUCCACAUUUUCCUGCUCAGCUUGCUGACGUUAUAGGUUUUCACUUCUCUAGACGCUGUUUCCCGGUUUAUGGUUAAAGGAUAAUUCCUGCAUUGGUGACUUUAGUUAAAAAAAAAAAAAAAGGUAUUGUUUUUCCUCCCUGGCUUUAGACGCAUCGUAAUAACAUAUGAGGCAAAAUGAAGAGGGAUGCAGGUUUAACCCUGACGUGUUAAAUAUGAAAUCUUCUUACAUGUCAAAUGUGGAAAAAAGUGUUUUCAUCAUAAAUCAGGAAUUAUCUUUAAUCGGAAAAGCUACUGUGGGAAGCAGAUUCCUGGGGUUUAACUGAACUCCCAUAAGGUAUCCGCUUCCUUCUUCUGAAUGAACAAACAAUCUUCAAAGCGAGCCUAGAUAAUCUAUUACCCAUGAUGCAACCUUUUCUGUUGGGUAUGUACAGGUUGCCAGGGGUGCUCUCUCUCUCUUUCUCUCUCUCUGUUUCUCUCUCCCUCCCUCUCUCUCUCUCUCUCUCUCUCUUUCAGUGUGCUGGUGCUACAUUACAUAGGAUCAGCGUAGAAACAGAAGUGCUCAUGCUGAAUGUUAACAACCUUUGACCUGUUUCUCACCUCCGUUGUGGUUUCUUGUAGGAUUCGUUCCUGUGUUAGCUGCAGUAACUUCCGCUCUAGUACUUUAUAUUUCUAUGCUGACCUCACUGUUCACCAGAGUCAUAGAUAUAGACAUAGUUUGGUCACUGCAGUAGUCCGCUGGCUCCUUAAACCUCCUGUUAACGGAAUUGUUCCACAUAUUUGGGGAAUAAACUCAUUCACUCUCCUGCUUAGUGUUUGUUGAGAAGUUUUAUCCAGCUCUCGUGUCCGUAUUUAGAGCUUGAGCCAGAAGCUGCUUAGCUUAGCUUAGCAUUAAGACUUGAAACACGAACGUUUUUGUUGUUAAACUUCAGUUUCUGCACUUAUAAAACAAAUAACAUGUUAAGCAUUAAUUAGGGAGCUGUUGAAGUGUGGUUCGGCGGACUUUCGGAACUCUAAACAGAGCUGGGCUAGCCUUUUCCCUCCGUUUCCAGUCUUAAUGCUAAGCUAAGCUAACCGGCUGCUGGCUGGUAGCUUUAUAUUUGCUGUACUGAGAAUGCAGAGAUGCUGCAAAUUGAGUUAUGUGACAGGUAAUAAAUUCGUCACACACAAAAAGUUGAACCAAAGAGUGAUGUUCCCUUCUCAAAUCAUCAUAAUACAAAGCAAAAAUGAGUUAGAAGAAAAAAAAAGCAGAAACAUGUCGGACAUCUUUAUCCUCAAAGAUGCAGAUCGCAACUGCGUGUCCAAGAAUUCAGCUUUUUUUCCAGCCAGACUUAACAGUAAUGACCAAACUCAUCUCUUUGACUCUGGGUCUCACUGCUGGGAACAUGAGCCUGCCUUAGUCUGCCUCUCAGAAUAGACUGUCCCCCUUAGUUUUGGCUUCUCUCAUCAGUUCAUUUUUCUCUGUGUCUAUUUGGCAUCUCUUGGUUGCUACAUGGGACUCAAAUUUCCUCUUCAUUUGUUUUUGUUUUUCCCUCAGCACUGUCAUGUUUUUUUCUUCUGUUUUUUGUUCUCAUUCUCCUGCUAUUGGAUGAUCGACCAUGCAAGUCAAUUAUCUUUUUUAUUUAAGCAGCCGGUUAGCUCGCAAUAAACCUGCAGUGUUUCGGAGUAGGAAUGUUACACAUCACCUUAAACUCUUAUGGGACUCGACAGAUUAAUAUAAAGUCUGGUUUCCCAUAACAACCACUUCUCUAGAAAUCAGACUUGUAUGGUUUUUCAUCUGAGGGCCAAAUCUAAAAAUUCAUACUGUGUCUGCUUCUGUAUGUGUGAGACAAUGAUGAUAGGGACCCAGGACUACUGUUUUCUCUUUAUUUUUCUCUGCUAACUUCAUUAGCUACCAUAACUAUACAGUAUAUGCAUUGUUUUAUAAAGAUUAAAAAAAACUGUACAGGGCAGUUUCGGUAUAUAAUAUUUCAGAUUUUUUUGUUAUCUCUUAAAUAUUCUUAUUAACAGAAGAUGUAAGAAAGUCAGUGCAUGAUGAUGAUUCCCCCCCUACGCAGUGUUUCCCUUCAAACUGUAAAUUAUUCUGCUGCCCGUUUUGUUUUUUGCUUCUGGCAAAUAUUUCAGGGUUGUUUUUAUUUCUUAUGUUGGAGUUAUAUGCUUAAAAGGAUUUAAAAUGUAGUUUUAAUUGGUUGGCAGAGGAGAAGCAUUGACUGCCAUCUAUCUAGCCCCCUUUCAGAUAGCUACAACGGGCUGGGAAUAAGAUUGUAAUAAUAAUAUUAAUGAUAAUAAUAAUAAUAAUGAUGGUCGUUUUUUUUGUAAAUGGUAUUUUAAAAGUUAUUUUUGUAUACACGGUUGUUUGUUGCGUCACAAGUCCACUGCUCCCCAGCUCAACGCCUCAUUCCUAUCUUCUCUUCUCACAUACUUUAUCCACCUCUUCAUCAUUUUUUCUUUUUUUUUCUUUUACACAUUUUGAUUUUUUUUUCUGUCUCUCAGCUCUUUUUAAUGUAGAACAUGCAACAGGAGGAUGGAUCUCCUGUUCUGGACUAGGAGCAUCUCCUUUUUUUCAGCUUCUCUCAUACUUCCCCUUGCAGUAUUUUCUCUCUUUUAUCCCCCUUCGACCCUCCUCUUUGCUUUUUUAUUUUUAUUUUAAAAGACUGUUGUUUUCAACAUGCCUAUCUACGGGCCAGAAGAUCAAUUCACUUGAGCAAUGCAUCUCUAAGCAGUCAGUGGGUCAAAUUUACAAAAUACGCUCGAAAGCUUUCAAAUAGACAGACUGAAACGUUUUUUCUAUCCUCCAUUUCUUUCCGUUUACCUACCACAUACUCAUCCACCUACCUGACCCCUUCACAUGCACACUAGCCUCGAUCUCAGAAAAGAGCCCACCUGUGCCUUUAAGUGAGAGCCCGCCCCCCCCUUGUCCCCUCUCCUCCAAUCAUCAUUAGCGGCGUGAGCGUGAACGAUGUGAUUCGCUGCUGCUUGCUCAUUGCCUACUUUGGGACUCUCAUUCAGCCCCACACAAAUACACACACACACACACACACACACACACACACACACACACACACACACACACACACACACACACACACACACACACACACACCGUGUGCCCCUCCUUACACACACACAAACAUAAAACACACACACACACUCACACAAAUGUUUGUAUGUUGCAGAAAUCAAUCAGUAAAAAUGAACAUUAAGUAAAAACAAGCCUCUUUGUUUUUAUUCAUAUGAGAUGACAAAAAAGUACAUGUGCAGGUGGUUUUUGACUGUGUGUCUGUGUGUGUGUCUGUGUGUGUGUGUGUUCAUGCAGUAAGCUUUUAUUAACAAUAUGGAUUAGGUAAUAAUUGGUUAAUUAAUCACUUUGACUAGUCUCUGAAGCCACAAGGAAAGAAGUAAUUUUAUUCUGUCUUUACUUGCGAAUAGCUCUGCAUUAAUAAUCUGAUAAUGUCAAUCAUCGUGUGUGUGCGUGUGCGUGAGUGUGUGUGUGUGUGUGUGUGUCUCUCUGCCUCUCUUAUGCCUGGAAGAUCUGCAGAGACGAAUGUAUCUCCACACACACACAAAUAUGCUGAUUAAUUAAUCACUGCAGGUGGUACGAACACAGUCGCUCACCGUCUUGCAAAGAGACCUUCAAGGUUUCUCAUUUGCAUUCAGUUUACACACAUAGAGAGGCACAGCAGGUGGGAAGACAUAAUGUGAUUAUUUGCUUCUGCUGACACGUAGCCAAUGCUCAUUUCAGAUCAAUUAUACAGUGUAUUACAUACAAUAUUUAAUGUAUAAUGGUGCAGCAGAGUGAGUUUAGGCCGCUUUGUGUCAGUCCUCUUUGUUAACAUUCGUCAAUAAAAAGCACCUGUUGCAGACUCUACAAACCUUCUGUACACUGAUGUUUGGAAUUGAUUAUAGAUCUUGAUUAACUGUAUUUGCAGAUGCACGGCACAAGUAAAAGAAUACAAGGAAAUCACAUUCAUUGAUGGGUGUUUAGUUUGCUCUUUGCACAUGAAGCCUUGAUGAAAGCAUCCAACAUGUUCUCAAACAAGAAAAAUACAAAGGUAAAUACGACUUUAUAACACUUGUAUAAACACAUGCAUUAUUUAAAUAACAGUUCACAUCCAUUGUUAAAAAACAAAAAAACAUUCUGCAUUACAAGAGAGGAUUCAGUACGUUAAUUUCACAGGCCUCUCCCCACUCCCACUGCACACUUUUCUAACUUCCCUCUUAUUUUACUCCUUGCCUUUUUCUGAGAUAAUCAAUGCAUUGAAUACAAAGUCUUUCACACACUCUCCCUCUCUCAAACUGCAUGUGUUGAAUGAAUCAAGCCAGGUUGCUAUUUUAACUGGGUCACCUCAGUUGUCCCAUGGAGCAGUUUAACAUGUUAUGUAAUGACUUAUAAAAAUAGCCAAUCAGUGUUCGGUGUGUGUGUGUGUGUGUGUGUGUGUGUGUGUGUGCAGUAGCAGCAGGCUGCACUGCCUUCUGAAGGAACUGAAAACUGUGUCAGCUCUUUUGAAAAAGCCUAAAAUAUACAGAAUGAAGUAUUUCACCUGAUUAUUUUUAGGUGUAUGAGUCAUAUGGAUGCUGGAGGAAUGUGAUGCACACACUUUCGUCAGGGUGUUUUGCUGGAUGGUUACUAUUCACACAGGCCAUAUAAAAGCAUCAUACAAUUAUCUUGUCACAAUGUUUAUGACCAGUUGUAACUUAACAACAAGCUGCAUGCAGUCGCUCAUCAUGUUUAGUAUUCACGGUAUUGGCUGUCACUCACUGACACAUCUUGUACUGACAGCUCAGCCAAUCAGUCUGAGUGAAGAAAAUGUUUGAAUGUCAAUAAAUCAAAGUGUUUACAGCUACGGAGGAUCCACAACGAUGUAUAAUGUGUUCUCGUGUGCGAGAGUGAUAAUCUCAUCCAGUCAUACAGAUCAGAUGAAAGGCAAAUGUAUUCCUUUGAUAGACAGUA